GUUGAUAUUCGUUGUAAUUGAAUGAUCAAAUGUAUGCUUUUAAAAGUAUUAAAACCCCUCUUAUAGCUAAUGGUAAAAGUGUUCUAUUUCAAGUCGAUAAAAAUGUCCAAGCGCUUAUUUCAACUUUAUGCGAGAGCAAAAAUGCCACUGUAAUAUCGGAGACGCGGACACAUUUCCUCUACAAAUUUGUUAAGUGAUUUCUAAACACUUUAUUUAAUCGUUCACAGAGACAAUAAACACAUUUUUAUUGUUCGUUGAGCGGCAUGCAUACAGUCCGAUCAAUCGCUAACGACUAUAACGUCCUUUGGGAUUUCAAAUAAUAGACUACUAAACCCCAGCGACCUGUUGCCUUGGAUACAUGCAUAAAAGCCCUCUAUGUUUUUAAUCAAAACUUCAUUUGUUGGAAAAGAGAAAGCACGCAUUUCUAAGUGGUGAAAGGUAAGAAAACAUGGCUGAAAAUGCGACGGAGUCAAGCUACACCGAGUCACCAACUAAAGGGACUGAAAUGACCGACGAAGAGCUAAGACAUCUACGAGAAGACGAAACACCCGGUAUGGAGUCACCAACAAGAGCCAAAACACGCACAAGAUCUCAAAUUCUUGGAGAACUCCUGCGCGUUCGUAAAGAAAUGGAAGAAGGAAGACAAUCCAUCGCUAGUGCUCCUUCUGUGAGUAAAAAUCUCUCUGGUUUGGACCCGAGUCAAGGCAGUACACGUCUACCACCCAUCCCUAAAGUCAAAUACCCAAAGAUGAACAAAGACCCAAAGUAUAAACACUUCAACAUGACCUACGAUCACGUACAGCCAUUCAGAGCCGAUUUGAAGAAGAUACACGACGACAAAUAUAAACGAAAAAUGGAGGAAGACUACAAACGAACCGUGAACGACUGGAACCGAAUGAAUUUGAUUGAAAUUUACCAGCUCCCGCCCCAGUCCACCUUCAACGUCAAGAAAGCCAUUCAGACAUACUUAGGGAACUCUAAGGGUUCGAUAAAGGCUUUGAAUCCAUUGCUGAAACAGACUCCUAGAAGUUCUGUAAGCUCGGCUUCUACAAAGGCUUAGUUGACGCCCACUUAUCAAGGGAUUUGUACCAUCGUAUCACGUGAUUAAUGCCACGUAGUCACGUGAUCGAAACAUGAUCUGAAUGUGAAGAAAUGUUUUUUAUAAAAACAAGUCAUGUCGGGUGAAUAAGACACAAGAAAUAUUAUCUCUUUUAAAAUAUUCCAGAGAGAUUCUUAAAUUAGUUCUUGGCAUCUAUGAUCACGUGAUUAUAUGAUUUGCUUUAGACRUUCAUUAGUUGAUAUAGAAGUAUUGAUAGUGAGGGAGAAUGGAUAAAAGAUGAAAAGAGAUGAAAAAGAGAGAAGGGAAAAACAGGCAGAAAGAGUUGCAGUUCAGGGGCUACAAAGCCAGGGUUCUCUUAUACUAUAAUUUUUUUGGAUGCUAUAAUGCAAUCUCGAUUUUCUUGGAGAUCAGUAUAUAAAAUUAUAUGUAAACUCUUUAUCUAAGAGUCCAUGGUAGGCUGUCAGCAACAACACUAUUCAGAAAUUACAAGAAAUACAUAAUACGUUUAGUAGUUAACAGUGUGAAACAAAUAAAUUAUCAUAACAAUUAAAAAGUGUACUAUUCGUUCAUGGUUGAAGGAAACACAUCUCUAUACAUGUAUCUUUGCAGACAUUAGAGCACAUUCUCUGCUCAAGCCCAAUGUACUAGAGUGAUCGCACUUA